CUUCUCCAACCAACACUUCUGACACAACCCAACCCAUCUCAUACAAUCGCGGAUCGCGGCUCCCUCGCCGUCAUGUCGCAGCCCAUUCGACUUCACUCGCGUGUCGUCGUCGUCAAGGUAGGGCUGGGCACUGUCCUCUUUGUCGGACAAACGUCCUUUGCGCCUGGGCUGUGGGUCGGCGUCGUCCUCGAUCCUGACGUCGUGGGAGGCAAGAACGAUGGCAGCGUUCAGGGCAAGCGCUACUUUGAUGCGGAUCCAGGCCAGGGCAUCUUCGUACGCAGCAGUCAGAUUGAGGUGUUAGAAGACGAGCCGGAGGAGGAGUACAACAGCGGCGACGAUAUCCUCAUGGACGAUGAGCCGAUGAUGCAGACGCCGCGAACGACGACGAUGAGGAUGCCGCCUCCAGCUUCCACUUCAAGGUCAUCUUCCUCCCUCUCUCAAACGACUGUCCCGAGAGCAGGGCUUCGAGCUCCAGCCAGCCGCACCACAAGUCCAGACAAGCCGUCAGCUGGUGCGCCGCGAACAGUUCCAAGGCCUAGCCUAGCCUCGCGAACCUCUGCAGUCUCGUCGACAUCGGCCACGAGCUCCGCAGCUUCCUCUCGCAGACCAUCAGCUACGCCGUCUACGAGUGGCCGCAUCUCAGCAGCAUCUCCGAGCAAGCCUGCGUCAUUGGCCACGCCUGCAAGGCCAGGGAUGUCUCGUGCCGGGACCAGCGUCAGCGCUACGUCAGGUAGAGUGUCAGCCUCAUCUUCGUCAGCAGCAUCGACGCGUCCACCCAGCUCAGCAGCGGCUCUCUCACGCACAGCAAGUCCCAGCAAGGCUACAGCGCGAGGUGUCAGACCAGCUAGCGGCAUCACAGGCGCACUGACCUCAGCUCGUCCCACGGCCGAAGAUGCUCAGAGCACAGCCGCUCGUACCGGGCUGCGGCCUGUAGCCAAGGCGCGGCCUAGCAUGGCUGCUCCGUCAGCGUCCGCUGCUACGCCAAAGCGCACCAUACCACGUCCUGGUGCGGCUAUCACUGGACCGUCAAAGCCUGCCGCGCCUGCAGCCGCUACCAUUACUACACCGAGACGGCUCAGCACUGCUGGCAGCCACAAGGACCAGCAAGAGGAUUCGUCGUCUGACCCAAACGUGACCAGCCCGAGUGCAGACGCUCGUCAACGACUCGACGCUGCUCGCUCCCGCGUAGAAGCCGCGAGGAAACAGCACACGCAACCGCAGACGACGUCAGCAAGAGACAGGCCAUCUCAGGAGACGUCGGAUCCGAUCUCAUUUGCGGGCGAUGAGGACGGCGAUGAUCUCGUCAACAUGUCACUCGAAGGAGGGCAAGAGGAAGCUCUCAACCCCGCACACGUUGUACGCUCACCGCCGAUCAGUCAAGGUCCGCCGGGUAUGUCGAACGUAGAGGCCCAAGCUCUGAAGCGCGAAGUCGAGGAGCUCCGUGUCAGGAAUCGCCUCAACGAGAAGCGCAGAGAAGAAGAGCGCGCCCGCGUCAAGGAGCUCGAAAAGUGGAAGGAAGAGGUGACAGAGAAGCUGAGAUCGGCGGAUACGGCUACAGAGAAGGCGCAGAGCCUCUCCACGCAGCUGCUGGCAAUUCAGACGACGGAAAAGGAGCUCUCGAUGGAGAAAAGUGACCUCGAGGCUCGCGUCGAAGACCUGACUGAGCAGCUCGAAAUGGCUGCGCUAGACCGCGAAGUGGCAGAAGAGAAGGCAGAAGCAGCCAUCACCGAGUUGGAUUCGCUCAAGCAGAUUCAGGAGGAGCUCACCCUCGAGGUCGAGGUGCUUCGCGAAGAGAACGCAGCCUACGAGCACGGCCCUGUCGAUGAAGAGGAGCGAUCCUCCGUUGGCUGGCUGCAGAUGGAGAAGCAAAAUGAGCGUCUCAAGGAGGCUCUCAUUCGACUGCGCGACGUCACGUCGGAGUCGGACCACGAUCAAAAGCGCAAGAUCUCCGACCUGGAGAAGGAGCUUUCUGCGCUUGCUGACCUGCAAGACUCGCGCGACUCCCUUGCCGCCAAGCUGGAAGCCAGUGAGGCGCAGCUUGAGGACGUGAAAGUGCAACUCGACGAUGCCUUAGGAGCUGAAGAGAUGUUGGAGCAGCUGACAGAGCGCAAUCUCUUCCUUGGGGAGCGCCUGAACGAGAUGGCGGCAACAAUUGAAGAGCUCGAGUCACUCAAGGAGCUGAACGAGGAGCUGGACGAGGUACACGUCGAGACAGAGAAGCAGCUUCAAGAGGAGGUCGACCUGAAGGACAUGGCUCUGCGGGAGCGCGAUGCCCGUGUGGAAGCUCUAGAGACGAAUGCGAACGAGUACGAGGCCACAUUUGCCCAAUUCAGGGAGCUCGUUCUCAACCUACAGAGCGACGUCGAGGCCCUGCGUGCCGAGAGGGAUGGGCUGGUCGAGGAGGGCCAGAACGCCAAUUUGAACAGCCAGAGUCGCGAGAUGCUCAACCUCAAUCUCAAGCUGCAGUCCUCUGCGCUCAAGUCACAGGCGAGGACUAUUGAGGCCGAGCUAGCUAGGAUGAGGGCCGACCAGGCUUCCACGCAGUUGGAGAUGACGCAGCCGUACCUGCCACAAGCAUUCGCGCAGGAAGGCGAUCGCGACGCUGUUGCAAGCCUACUGUUCUUCAAGCGCAUGUCGACAAAGGCGGAACUAAUCAAGUCUGUCGUCGAGAAUACGCACGAGAUCUCCCAGGCAAUCGGGUCGCUCGCCCAGGACGACAGUGGAGCAGAUCAGCAGCAGCAGCACCUUUCUGCGUCGACAUCGACUACCACGGGCGGUACCAGCAGCACUCGCUCCGAGCAUCUGGUCAACAUCUGUCAACUUCGCCACUCCCUCGCCCACUUCAGCGCCGUCUGCUCCUCCGUGGUCGCGAUGCUUCGUCUCGCGCCUCCGGGUACCUUCCUUAGAUGCGGGCGCACGUUCAAGGAGAUGCAGGCCGUCGUUGAACCGCGCGUCGAUGCCUUUGUGGAGGCGUUGCGCAAGGAAGAACUCAAGGAGGCCGACUGCGGUGCUGAGUUCAAGCGCUUUGUGAGGCAAUUUGAAGAGAUGAGCUUCGCACUCAUGAUGGCGCAGGAGGAGGAGAUUGGGCAGCUCGUUCAACAGCAGCAGCAACAGCUCCAGGAUGGCACCAUGCCGGCAACGCCGCCGCAGUCGUUACCCUCGGGCGAAGGCGACUUGGCUGCAAAGGAAGUGGGAAGCGCAACUCUGCUCGACCUCGACCUCGAUACGCUCUGUGCUUCCCUCUCCAGUGCCCGGCACACGGUGCUGCAAGCCCAAGCCGCCGAGGGGGCCAUCGAGUGGCAACUGCAGGGCGAGACAAUGGAGCAGCGCUACUUCGUCCCUCUGCACCAGAUCGUCAACGAUGUCCGUGCGGCGAAGGUGCUGGCGCGUAAGCUCUUGCGCAGGCUGUCCAGUCUUGCAGACAACGACGAGGCCGUAUCCAUGGACGCCAUAGGAGAGCUUCCUCUGCUUGGCAGGCUGAGCUCCAGACUCGUCGCCUUUGCGACGACCUUGAGCUCUGGCAUGACCGCGUACGUCGAUGAAGUGCGAAAUGCUUCUUCGCCCUUCACUCUGCAAGGCUUCACUGAAGUCGUCAGGCAAGCAACAGGCGAGCUACGUCUCGACGAUGGUUCAGCGCCGUACACAUCACCCACGACCACAGUAGACGACGCUGCCUCUUCGCCCGCAUCCUCAGACCUCUGGCGCGAAGCCCUCUCGGCAACCUCACACCUCACGACAACAAUACAAGCGCUCAUGGCCUCGGCGGUGGACCAGUCGCACGUAAUCAAACUCUCUGGUCCGCACCCUUGGCACCCUCGUUCCCACCAGAUCCAUCUGCUCGCAAAGCACGAUCCGGCCAUGGAGUCCCAGAUGGCCAAGCUCGGCGAAGAUCUGCGUGAUCUCUACCAGCAGAUCAAAGCGCGCGAUGCUGCUCUGGCAGAGGGUCAGAUCAAGAUGGAGAGGUUGCAUAGACAGGUGGCGAAGAGCAAAGGAGAAGGGGACGCCCUUGAGGAGGUGAAGGCGGGACUUGGCGAGGCGAGACGAGAGGCCAAGGCAUACCAGGACGCGAACGAGAGCUUGCAGGCUGAGCUUGAGGCGCUCGAGAAGGCGAACGAGGAGCUGAAGAGUAAAGCAGCCGCAAGCAUCGCAGCGACGGGUGCAGCUGGUUCUGCAGGGCAAGUGGCCGCUGAAGCAGGGUCUGGCGUAACGCCGACCUCGUCCACCUUGGCGACGUCCGGCGCCCUUGCCGGCCUCCAGCCCGCAGCCAACUUGGACACGCACCAUCUUAUCGACCAAUUGGACGCCACACGUUGCUCACUGCGCUACCUUCGCGAGGAGAAUGCACUGCUUCGCUCCAAGGGGUAUCAGGCUCAGCUGGACUCGCUUGCCCCGCUACCAACUCUGCGAGUACGACCACGAGACGACGAAACAGGCAAGGUCGAUGAGCAGGAAGCGGCCGGAGGAGCUGGUCUGCCACGCAAAGCACGCCCUGACGCUCCCCGCGAUGAGGAGUUGCGCUCGGUGCGUAGCGAAGCGAGGAGUCUCUAUGGCGCCCUGCUGCACUUCGCGGCCACGCCUAGGCUGGUCAAGCUCGCUGAUGGUGGCGCGAAUUCUUCAGCUGACGUCAAGGCGGAGGGAGACGGCGACGAGAAGAGCGAGAUCCCCACCGCAGCAGUGUCUGCUGCUCGCCAGCGCCCUCGCGCUACGGUCGGAUGGCAGCGCCAAGCUGACCAGCCUGCCUGGCAGUACGAGGCGCAGAAGGCCGUCGCUGCUGAGCUUGGCUUGCGCUUCGAGAAGUUGAUGGAGAGAAGAAGCGGUGCAGGAGUGAGCAAGAGCCCCGCCGGCAGUCGUCAAGCGAUGACAUUGCCGAAGAUGCCCCGCCUUGCUGUCGUCGUGGGAGGGGAGGGGCGAUGAGGCGAUGAGUGAGCGACACUGCUGUGCUUUGGCUGCUCCUCUGCCCUGUUUCCCUUAUAAUGAACUAGUAGAUCAAUCGAUAUACCAUUUUCACGAG